AUGGAUGACAUGCGUAGCAUCUGCAUCACCGCAGUGGACGACCUGGCCGGCUUUUGCAUCGCGCAGCACCUCCACAGUCAAGAAAAGUUCCGCCAGAAAUUUCUCCUCCUCAGUGGCCUAGCCCUGCGGACCUCAUCCGCCGAGGCCCAGCAGCUCCAGCAUGACGGAGUCAGAGUUUACCAACACGUUCCCGGUGAUGGGAGGCGCCUUGUGAACGACCUGACUGUGAUGGGUUGCGACACGAUCUGCGUGGUGCCUCCAGUUCACGAGGACAAGCUCGACCUCACACUGGAGCUUGUCACAGCCGCCAAGACGGCCGGCGUGCGGAAUCUCCUGCUGAUCAGCUCUGUUGGCGCCGAAUACGCCACCAAGGAGAAGCAGCCGCGUAUGCGAGAGUUCCUAGAGAUGGAGACUGCUGUCUUGUCAGAGAUUGGCCAGUUCGGUCUUAAUCACUCACCUUGUGUGAUUCGGGCUGCCCUUUGUAUCGACCACCUACUGCAAUGCAUAAUUCAUGCUCGCAACGAUGGCUUUUUGACUCUGCCUCUUGGCCUGAGGCAUAAUAAGUUUGCCCCCGUUGCGCUUCCUAGUGUUGCUUCUCUUGCCGCUCACGUCCUGACCGGACGAGGCGAGCAUGGUUUUGACGACCGCCACUUUCGUCAGAUGAUGGCCGUGACUGGCCCCAGUCUCUUCUCUGGAGAGGACCUAGCCGCAACUGUUACCAGUGGAUCGACCCGGGAAUGUGUGUAUCAGGAGAUUAGCGAAGCAGCGGCGAAGCGCCUGUUCAACUUCCAGUCUAGAAUCAAACAGUGCGAGAUGGACUACAUUUUGGAAUACUUCAGCCUAGUUCGCGAGGGUAAACUCAACUACAUCGCCACCACAGCUUCACACUACGUUACCAGUCAACCUGACUAA